CGAUCGCAAACUGCAUUGACAGUGGAGGGAGGCACAGUGCGAUGACUCAACCGGACCACCUCUUUCCUUGAAUGCCCAGACCUGCGAGUAUAUGAGCAAUUGAGGUGUGUACUCUGCCCAGAUUUCGUGGUUUGGUGUUGCGCAGUACUGACUCCCCAUCCGACUGACUAGACCUUGAGUUUCGUUGGUGGCUCCCUCGACAUCUAUAUAUCUAACCUCUGGCUGCGACUAUCCUCGCCCUUCCUCUGUUAUCGACUCUCUCCCGUCGCAACAAUGGUGUCAAACCCAAUCCUUCCCAUACCGGGGAAGGAGAAUAUUCUUAUUACGUCGGCUCUGCCCUACGUCAACAAUGUGCCUCACUUGGGCAACAUCAUCGGGAGCACCCUGAGCGCCGAUGUUUUCAGUCGGUUCAGCAAGCUGCGCAAUCGCCCAACACUCUUCAUCUGCGGGACGGACGAGUAUGGUACUGCGACAGAGACGCGCGCGCUCGAGGCGGGCGUCACCCCGCAGGCGCUCUGCGACGAGUAUCACCUCAAGCACAAGGCCGUCUACGACUGGUUCGACAUCGCGUUCGACUACUUUGGGCGGACCACAACAGAGAAGCAGACCGAGAUCGUCCAAGACGCCUUCCUCAAGCUGCAUUCCAAGGGGUUCUUGGAGGAGAGAACCACGACGCAGCCGUUCUGCGAAAAGCACGACGGCUUUCUCGCUGAUCGCUUCGUUGAAGGGACGUGCCCGCGCCCUGGCUGUGGAUAUGAGGAUGCUCGUGGAGACCAAUGCGACAAGUGCGGCAACCUCUUAGACCCCUUUGAGCUCAUCAACCCAAGAUGUAAGCUUGAUGGAGCGACGCCAGUGCCCAGAGACACAGCCCACUUCUUCCUGCGACUGGACAAGCUACAGGGCGAUAUCGAGAAAUGGUUUGAGAAUGCCUCCAAGGACGGGAACUGGUCCUCCAACGGAGUUGCCAUCACAAAGGCCUGGCUUGACUCGGGCCUGGAGGGCCGCUCCAUCACACGCGACAUGAAAUGGGGUGUUCCCGUGCCGGUGCCUGGCUUCGAGAAGAAGGUCAUUUACGUGUGGUUUGAUGCCUGCUUUGGGUAUCCAUCCAUCACUGCGAACUAUACCGACCAGUGGGAGAAAUGGUGGAAGAACCCCGAUGAGGUGGACCUCUACCAGUUCAUGGGCAAAGACAAUGUACCAUUCCACACCGUCAUUUGGCCUGGCUCCGUCAUCGGCGCCGACAAUGACGAGUGGACCCUUCUCCAUACACUCUCAACAUCCGAAUACCUCAACUAUGAGAACACAAAGUUCAGCAAGUCGAGAGGCGUCGGUGUGUUUGGUGAUGGCGCGAAAGAGACUGGUAUCGGGCCCUCUGUUUGGCGCUACUAUCUCCUGUCCAACCGCCCAGAGUCUAGCGACACUCAAUUCGAGUGGAACGGGUUUGCAGCCAGCAACAACAAUGAGCUCCUUGCCAAUCUGGGCAACUUUGUCAACCGCGUAAUCAAGUUCGUAAAUGCGAAGCUGGACGGCGCAGUCCCCGAGUUCUCGUCUUCAUAUACGGAUGAAAGCUUCGACUUCCCCGGCUGGAUUGCCGGUGUCAAAACGCUCCUUGCCGAGUACAACAAGGAGAUGGAGACGGUGCACCUGCGUGCUGGUCUCAAGAAGAUGAUGGAGAUUUCUUCCCAGGGGAACCUUCUCCUGCAGUAUAGGUUGGAUAACGCAAACCUGGCCUCGCAUCCGGAACGCACCAAGACGGUCAUUGGCCUUGCCCUCAAUCUCUCGGCUCUUUUGGCCUCCCUUUGCUCUCCGUACAUGCCAGGAACUGGCGAGGCCAUUGUUCGCCAGCUGAACACGGAUCUCAAGUUCAUUCCCGACACGUGGGAACCCGAGGCGUUGAAGCCUGGUCAUAAGCUAGGCAAGGCCGAGUACUUGUUCCAGCGGAUAGACGAUAAGAAGAUUGCCGAGUGGAAGGAGAAGUACGGAGGCACCCAGGCUAGCCGGGCUGCCGAGGAGGCGGCAAAGGAAGCAUUAAAGAAGAAGAAGCAAGAGGACAAGGACAAGAAGAAGGCCAAGAAGGCGGCUAAGAAGGCGUCUGAGGCAGAUGAGAGCGUCCCUGCAGGACUUGCGGCCCAGGUCGGCGGUUCUGCUGACGCUCUGAAGACUGCAGCCACAGAGGAUGUCAAGCAGCUGCCGAUCCGGGAGAAGCCGGUGGAGAAGUGACGGGUAUGCUGAGAGAGGGUGCCGAUGUCAAUGUUUCUUAAUUUUCGUCGUAGGCGGAUACGGUGUUGGGGUAAGGUCUUGGGAAUGAGUGAAAUGGCAACGGGCUAUGUUCGACAAAAGCAAAUUGGAUAGUCGGGUUCACGGCGGGACUCCUUUUAGGUGACG